AGGGCCACAAGCGAAGUUUAUUCUGCGCAUAAAUUGACAAAAUAAACGCACUAGAUAACAAAAUCAUCGUCAUUGUAUGAUAACAAGCAGUGGAGAUCAAUCAGAAACAAGAACUAAAAAAGUGUACCUGUAUUUGUAGAGAUGGAAUGAUGUUUACAGGACCAUGAAUGAUGAUUGCGAGUAUGUUGUGUUUCCAUCACAAAAACCAUGUUGGUCAGAUAUCCAGGACCGUUUGAAAGAACUAAAACUUCUUUCAGUUCAAGAUCCAUGUGACCCCUAUCAGCUGGCAGUGCAUCAUCAGCUGAUUGUUGAUGUUUACACUGGGGAAGAUGUGAACCCAAGGGAAGUUUCUUUUGAAGAUACCACAUUUUAUGGUCUUGUAGACUUCCUCCAAUGUUAUGCUUCAGAAGAGGAGAGGGAUCUAUUUUUGCAGUCAACUCUACCAAAGAUAAUCGAUCUAGCUCUAAAUAUUGAGGAGUUUGCAGUGGAAAGGAUUCUUCCAAUUUGUGUUCAGCAACAAGAUGGAGAAACUUUGCUGAGUCGUCAGUUUGUAGGCUCUAUUAUUGCUGCGGCUUUUCUUUGUUUAUUUGAUGGACGGAAAGCAACACAACUUUACAAUUCAAAUCUGAAUGCCAUAAGUUUUUCCAAUUUUUUCCGUCAGUUACCAAGUCCUUCACAAAAUGCCAAACUCCGAUGUUUUCUCAACUAUUUUGAGAGGAUUGGAAAAGACCCAAGUAUUAUACAAGGCAACAUACGUUUCCUGCGACAGGUUAUUGCAUAUGAAGAGUUACCCACCCUUGAUACAUGGCUGAACAGUGACUGUGAACUCUGCCCCUUUCUUGUGAGACAUGAGGGACAGAUUGAAGACUCUGUCCCUGAGGCGAUCGAGGUGGACUUUGCCAACAGAUACAUUGGAGGAGGGGUCCUAGGCAGAGGGAGAGUUCAGGAGGAGAUUCGGUUCACCGUCUGCCCAGAGUUGAUAUCGGCCAUGUUGUUUAUGGAGUGUAUGGAUGAGAAUGAGGCCAUUAUCAUACAGGGAUAUGAACAGUUUUCAGCAACUGUUGGCUAUGGACCAAGCUUAACCUAUGUAGGGAAUCAUCAGGACCAGGCUGGGGUUGAUGAGAAUGGAAUUGUACAGAACACUCUCUGUGCCAUAGAUGCAGUAUCUUACAGGAGUCAUUCACCUUCUAAACAGUACCAAGAUUGUCAUUAUAUAAGGGAUCUCAACAAAGCUUUUGUUGGCUUCAGUGCAAAGAUCAAGAAAAGCUGUGAAACCCCAAAAAACCAAUCAGAAGGGUUGUUUCCUUUUGUAUAUACAGAGUCAGAUUGUAACAAAACAUAUGAUUGGCUGAGAGCAAACAGUGAAGAGUACCAGACAGCCUCUGAAGAUGGAUUCAGUAAUGCUGAAAACUAUAGAUCAGAUGUACAUGGAAUAACCAAUAUGGUGGAUGGUUUAGUAACCAAGAUUCUGUAUUCAGCAAUGCAGGAAGCCUGUAUCAGACCAGGAUAUGAGAGAUCCGAUAGCUGUUCGUCAUUCGAGGACCAUUCAUCCUCGUCUAGUUAUCUUAGAAGGCAGGAGGAUGUUGAUGAAGGUUUGGAUCAAGCAGACUUGGAGUGCCAGGACUGGGUGAGCCGGUUCAGGAGGCGGAGCUCAAAUUUGAGUGACAUCGGAUCCAGGCGGAGCAGCUGUAGCACGAGAUAUAGCUCAGAUUUCAGCUCAGAAUUGGAAGAGUAUUAUGAAAAUUAUCAACGAAGGGACCAACCCAUUAUUCAGAACACGAUAACAGAGGAGGAGGGAUGCCCUAUUAUCUGUGAUUUUGCUAAUAGCUUAGCCAUGUUGCUUAUACAGGAAAGCACUGCUUUAGCUGCUCAUAACAGUGUUGUCCAGGACUUUGAUGACUCUGUACCAGGAGCUUGCAUUAUGAAGCCGAAAGCUUAUAAACCUGAAACUAAGGAUAAUUCUUUGAGGACCAAUUGCUCUACUCCAGUUAUUCAUAUAUCCGUUGCUAGAAAAUUUGCAGAUGAUUUUAUAAAUAAUUUGUUACCUUCUGCUUUCUCGACACUUUCCAAUUUGACUUCCGAGAAAUGUUUGGAUAAAAGUUCGUCACUUCCUGACAUUCCACUGGUGAGAGCAGAUGAUGUGUGUUCUGAUUCCGAUGAAGACUGUGAUAUGAACAAUUGUGAUACAUAUUUGGGUGGUUUUUACCCAGGAAGCAUUGUUGAAGACAAUUAUCCACUGGUGGAUGAAACAGAAUUGAGAAUUGCUGCUGUCAACUUGGUUGACUGUGCCAUUCACAGUGCUGUACAAAUAGUGAAAGAGAAUUGGGUCUCGCCAACACAGAAUAAGGCUGGAGAAGAGGGUAGUUUGAACAUAUCCAAUGCCAUUACAGAUUCCUCCAGUGAAAAAGAAGAUAAUUUGUCAUUAUUGAGUAACAGUCUAGGGAGAAGAUGGGAUCAGUCCUCAAGUCCCUCCAAAUCUCCCAAGAAUGUGCAGUUCCAUGACACUGUAAUUUUAAAUAAGAAUAGUGACCCCAUAUCAAAGGCACUGUCUGAAUCGUCAAACAGUCAAGAUUCAUUUACUCUGCCAACUCUUCUUGUUACAGAUGAUCUCUCUAAAAGUAACAAACUUAGUGGUGCUUACAGUCAGAUUGCAGAAAAUAUUAUAAUGUCGGGAUUUACAGAUGCCCUGAAAGAUGUGCAGAAGGAAACUGGGAAAACAUUUGAAGGCUCAACGCUCAAAUUCAGUGCAUCUGGUUAUCUGCCAGAAAAGACACUCAUUGUGAAGGGAAACAGUUUAAUCCAUCCUGGUGAGAUUUUACGAGGAGAAUCGUAUGAAGACAUAUCAGGUCCUAAGGAUAUCAGCUGCUGUGCUUCUUCAUUGUCGAGAGACUUGCUAACAAAUGCGUUUAUUGAAGUACAACAGAGCUCAGCUGCAACUAAUGGUUCCAGUUUUGCGCGUCGAAGCAGUGAACCAUUGAAACUGUCCAAUCAGGCAGCUAAGCAGUUAUCAGAAGACAACAGAAGAGGUGUCAGACGUUAUGCAGUUAAAUCAAAAAGCUGCACGGAGGACGAUUUGGUGGAAUAUGCCAGGGAACUGGACAGAAGAUGGACCAUAGAAGAUUUCCGCAAUAGGAAGGGACCAUGUGGUUUCAAGGAUCCAACCCUCUCCAAGUUUGCUGAAGAAUUAAUGAAAACUGAAUGCAAAGUCCCCACUCUCCAGAUACCGAUGUUAUCCACUUCAAACCGCAGUUUAAGUGGAUCAUCCACAUCUUUCCACAGUAGCAAGAGUGGAUUCAAAGAUCCCAUGUUAUCCAGCUUUGAGGAGGAGCUCUUUUCUUCAAGUUUUGGGAGAUCUUCAACAAGAAGUUCAAGCAUCAAACGAAAGAGAAAGAAAAGCACAGGUAGCAAAGUGGGGUCUUCUGCAUCAGGGAGCAGAUACAGGGGUGGGGAAGCCAGGCGAGCUCUUUCCUUUUGCGAGUUAUCACAGGAGGCGGUGUCAGAUUUUGCUGAAAGACUUGCUCAAGGUAUUGUGUUGGAAUCCAUUGAGACUGUGUUCAGAGGUUCGCUUGAUUCAACAUUUAUUCAGGGAGAUGUACCAUUCAAAACGUCAUCCCCUAUUCCUGAUAGCCUGCUAAAUCUGGCUGAUAGUAUGUCUAGUCAAGUUCUUGAAGAUGCCAUUUUAACUGCUGUUGAGAAGAUUAGAGCUCAGCAGCAGACGGAGGGCUCUAUAGACACAGAAUCAACAUCUUCUGAAGACUUCAGUGAUGCUUUGGACGUGCCAUGUUAUAGGAUUGAGGAAUUUGCAGAUACUCUUGCAAAGCAAGUGUUGGACACAUCAGUCAAGUUCAUCAUCAGAGAAAUGGAUUGUUUUAAGAAGAAAGCCUGUGGCCGCCCUAUUGCUACAGGGAAUUGGGGGUGUGGAGCCUUCAGGGGGGAUGUCCAUUUAAAGUGCAUACUUCAGUGGAUGGCAGCCUCGUAUGCCGGGGUCCCUCACCUCAUUUAUUACACAUUUCAACACGAGGAUCUUCUGCAGUUGGAAGAUGUUGUAGCAGCAGUACAGUCCAGAAACUGGUGCGUGGGCCAUCUGAUGCAGGCGGUGAGAACGUACUGUAUCGCACGACAGGUUGAUCCUCGUGGAAGCUAUCCAGAUCUUUUCCAGCUGUUAUUAGAUGAAAACUCCUUCAAAGACAUUGUGUAGGGUAGACCAAAUAUUGUAUACGUCAAGGAAAUUUCAGCCUUUUUAUAUUGAAAAAGAAUUUUCCCUUAUUUUGAAUUUUAGUUAUCAUUUGUUUUAGCCUUGUUUAUUAAAUUCAAUCAUGAAGGAUUCAGGGGAAAUGGAUGAAAAUGAAUUGUGAUGAAAAAUUAUCCUGCUAUAAUUACUGUUUACACAUACAGUAGAAAUGAGUCUUUGUUUUUAUUUUUAUUUUAUUAAAUUAACAAGUAUGUAGUUUACAGUUAACUGCUAUAAAAGGUAUUAUUUACAGUUUUGCUGUAUGUAUGUUGUUAGAAAUUUACAAACAGUUGUUGAUCAAUAAAAACUUCCACCAGCGGU